AUGGCUGCCGCGCAGAAAAUUAAGCGGACAGUCUACGUGGGACCGUUUGUGCAUAGCCAAUCUUUGCAGAAGCUUGAUAUCUGUCCUACUGGUGCUAUCGGUGUAGACGAGAAUGGCAAGAUAGCUUUUGUAGAAAGAGACGUCAAGGAUGUUGGGGAUGUGAUACCGGUUACGCAGAAGUAUGGGUGGCAGAACUCGCAGAUCGUUAGGAUAAAAGACAAUGGAUUUCUCUUUCCUGGCUUCAUAGACACCCACAUCCAUGCCUCUCAAUACCCAAACACCGGCAUCUUCGGCAAGUCGACCCUCCUUGACUGGCUCAACGACUACACCUUCCCGCUCGAAUCCAGCCUCUCGGACCUCUCCAAAGCCCGCCGCGUCUACAACCGCGUCGUGGCCCGCACCCUCUCCCACGGCACCACCACCGCAGCCUACUACGCCACCAUCCACGUGCCCGCCACCAACCUGCUUGCCGACAUCUGCCUCGCGCGGGGCCAGCGCGCCUUCGUCGGCCGCGUGUGCAUGAACGCCAUGAGCCCGGAGUACUACCGCGACGAGAGCGUCGAGGCCGCUAUGCGGAGUACGAGGGAGUGCAUCGAGCACGUGAGGGGCAUCGAUCCGGGAUUCGAGAUCGUCUCGCCGAUUAUCACGCCGAGAUUCGCGCCUAGCUGCACGACGGAGUGUUUGAGGGAGCAGGGAAAGCUGCAUAGGGAGACGGGGAUUCCGUGCCAGACGCAUAUUUCGGAGAACAAGAAGGAGAUUGAGCUUGUGAAGGAGCUGUUUCCGGAGAGCAAGUCGUAUGCGGAUGUGUAUGAUAGCGCGGGGUUGCUGACGGAGAAGACGAUUUUGGCGCAUGCGGUGCAUUUGACGGAGGAGGAGAAGGCGUUGGUUAAGGAGCGGGAGGCGAAGAUCAGUCAUUGUCCGGCUAGCAAUACCGCUCUAACGUCCGGGUGUGCGAGGGUACGGCAGUUAAUUGACCAAGGCAUCACGGUCGGCUUGGGGACGGAUGUCAGUGGUGGCUUCAGCCCGAGUAUGCUAGAGAUGGUGCGGCAGGCUGUGUGGGUUAGUAGGCAUGUUGCCAUGACCGAUGGAGAUCAGGCGAAACUGUCGAUGGAGGAAGCCUUAUAUCUCGCCACACGGGGCGGUGCAAAGGUUGUUGGCCUUCAUCAGAAGGUUGGAGGGUUCGAUGUGGGAACGGACUGGGAUGCUCAGAUGAUUAGCCUGGGAAGCGUUGCAGAAGAUGGGUCAGCGAGCGAUGAGAUCCACGGCGACCCUGUGGACGUCUGGGGAUGGGAGGAAUGGGAAGAUAGAGUUGCUAAGUGGGUAUAUAAUGGCGAUGACAGGAACACAGCCGCUGUCUGGGUGAAAGGCAGACUGGUGCACCAGAGACCGGGCUUCCAGCCAUAA